AUUGUUCCCAUUUUAGCCCUGGUUGAUAAAGAGAUCAGCAGCGUCGUGUGAGAGUAGAUAUUCCUGGAACGAGCUCUAUCUGACUAUCUGGGACUGACUGUUCCUACAAGCAACUCCAACUGUUCAUUCCUGAUAAACACAAGGGCCAAACCACUCACUCACACUUUUAAUGCGGCAAAAAGUGUCUUGAGCUUGGAUUAAAUAUAUUUGCGUUUUACAGCUUUUUGCCCGGAGGAGAUGACCUAGUAUUGAAGUGUUUGCCACUGCUGUGGUGGAUGUUUGGUUAGCGUGGACCUGAUGUACUCAGUGAUGGCUACAGAUAUUUUGCCAGACAGAAAAGCGAUUCUACGGGCUUCACGAAAUAAGUGGAGCAGGACAGAUAAUUCUGAGAUUGAUCAGAUUAUCAAUUCUAAUAAAAGGAAAUGUGGCGAAGACAUUGUACAACGCUGGCUUACAUCAAUACCCAAGGAUGAUGCAAAACCAGAGGUUGCCCUGGAGACGGCAAAGAAGCCUAUAAGGAGAAACAGGAGUGCAGAAGAUGAUCUGGCACUGGGAGUGGAAGCAUCUUUAUAUAGUAAACUCUCUCUCAGGACUGUACAGAGCUUUCAGAGGUCAUCUGUAGACCCUCCUUCUCUGUCUAGGUUAAACAGUCUUGCAUCGGGUUUCUCGAUACAAUCUGGAGCCAGUGUGAUGGAUGUGUUAAAUAUGUUAAAAGAUGACCCUGAAGAACUGCUGCUGGAUUUGGGUUUCGGCAUCGACGAGCCCGACAUCACGGGGAGAAUCCCGGCCCGAUUCAUUUGUUAUAAGUCCCAUGCUCGAGGCAUCAGUUUUCAGCUCUUUCUUGAAGCUCAGCAGAGCCGAAUGGACAUUGAAAACCCAGAUGUCAGGAAUCGAUUUCGACAGCUUGAGGUCCUUCAGCAGGUCACCACAACCUUCACCUCUCUGGUUAGCCCCUCCUCUCCGGUUGUGGAUGCAGCUUCAGCUUCCCAAAUGUCUUCGGAGGCACGGGAAAGGAGGAAACGCAUGGCUAUGAUUCUGCAAAGAGCAUCCAAGAAGAGUCUCAGCCAGGCCCAGAACCAGCAAGCACUCCCUCCAGAGAACUCAGCCCAGUCUGGCAUGGAAUCCUCUGGAACUCCAACAGCAGAUAAUAGAAUCCCACCCAAACGGUCUCGGCAAAGUUUAUCUGACAACAGCGGUCUCUUUCCCUUACAAGAGGAACAGAGUUUCAAUUUAGAAUCAACUGAGCCCAUUUUAAUCAGCAAUACAACAAGAGGAACAUCAGACAUCAUAAAACUACCGCCCAAUCCCUUGUCCACCGAUGGGAGCACACAGCAACCUGUGGAAUCUUUCGAGCUAGAGGAGAUCCAGAGCUUUGAUGAGGGCAGUGUUUCUGGGAUUUGCAGUGGCCCGGUGGAUCGUGGAGGUGACCGUUUAGGAUCUUAUGUGACACGGACAAACAGUUUCCAAUCAGACAGCAGUGGCUUCCUCGAGGAACCGUUCAUACCUGUGCUCUCUCAGCAGAACAGCCCGGCAUCUGAGCUCAUGAAGAUGCUGCAUGCGAAAUCACAAGAUAGUACAGAGAGUCAACAGAAGAGUCCAGAACAGCAAAACACAGAGAGGUCCACUGCAGAUAAACAGAACUUUGGGACUCAAUUUGGCCAUACAUUAAACUCUAGAAACACUGUUCUGAGAACAGCAGACUCUGGAAGUAUUAACAACACAGUGGACUCUCAUACUGUUCUGGGACAAGUGGAAUCAAGGUUCGACUCUACACAGAUGAGACAAGAAACACUGACUGAAAAAGCUCUUUCAAAUUCUUUGUCACCAGACAUUAGUAAAAUUAAUGGGAAUGGGGUUUGUGCUUUAGUGUACUCUGUUCAGAUGGAUCCUGUUUGUUAUCCAUCUCAAAUCUUUGACAAAUUGCACAGUCUAAAUCAACGUGUUGGUAAGCAACGGAUGUCCUUGUUUGACGAACUGAAAUCUGCUGAGACAAUCUCAAGUUAUAGACCUACUGAUCUUGGAACAGGAGUUGUGGAAAAGGAGGCGGCCAUCUUUGCAGAUCCCCAUGAGGUGGCUGAGAAAGAUCAGACCUCCGGACAUUCAGAUCAGAACCAGGACAAAAAUGUGACCUCUAAUACUUCAUUUGGGCACGAUUCCCCAACUGCGCUCAAACGCAGAAGGGAGUCGUUUUCCAGGAAGUCCAGGUCUGAUGUGUUUACUGAUAAUGACUCCGGCACAGCACAAACACCCACCACAAAUACACCAUUCACGUCUGUGGAGACUUGUCCAGCUGACAUGUGGAACUCUAUGGAAUGUUCUAGAGGUCUUGGACGUUUCCGGACGAGAUCGAUGUCUCUGGACACGGCGUUGUCAUACGAGGAGGAGGAUCGCAGAUGGGAGGGCGUGAUGUGGGCGGGAACACGGCGAUGCUUCCAUUGCAGAUCUCAGAUCGGCUACGACAACAGCUGGGCGAAACCUCAACCUGAUCUGUCCUCAAAUCUGCCUUACUCUCUGGAUGAGCUGGAGGAGAUGAUGAGGUGUAUGAGAAAGUUCCGGACUGUUCUGACAGAAAUUGAAGUGAGAUUAGAGGAGGAACAAGCAUCUGUACUCUGCUCGCUUUCAGAGUCCCACAGAGAGGAAGUGGAGGAUGUUUUGCGGCUACGAGAAGCUGUUAAACAGGAAGCCGGGAUGCUCGAACAGCAACUGUCCGAUUUGGUACAUCACUAUGAUGACAGCAUCAAAAUGAAGCUGAACCGGCUCUUGGAUGAACAGUCAGAGCUGUGCUCUCAGCUGCGGAUCACCCCAUCUGAAAGGCCCAGUCCUGGACUGCCCUUGACUAGGACCGUGGGCACUCAGUGCUGCCUGCUGCCUGUUACAUCCAGCCCUCAGAGAUGUGUACACCAUCACUGUACCUGUCAUCAGAGAGCACCAUGGCAUGAUCCACACAGAUAUCAAACCCAGUGGGAGCCCAACUACAAGCCAGACAAGCUAGACUUUGUAGCUUUUAUUAAAAGUGUGAGAAAUGCCUUGAAUCCUAACUAGGGUUUGGGAUUGAGAAAGACAUUUUGAACUGAAUGAUUUUUAUGAAAUGUGGUUCUGUUAUUGUCUCUCUGUCAAUGUGAACAAUGGGAGUGCUGUACUAAAAUGCUGUGAAAGGACUUAAGUCCUACACAUCUGAGAUUGCAUGAGGGUGAUUAAAUAAUGAGAGAAUUUUAGUUUUUUGGUGAUCUAUUCCUUUAACUCCGGUAUUUUGGCCAAAAUGUUGAAUGUGCAUAAAUUCACCUUUCAUUUUCAAUUGUGACAAAUGAACUGGAAACAGUAAUUCAGUGUUGCAUGUAAGAAGUCACACAUUAGUUCUAUGAUUGAAAAAACAAACAAACAAACAAACAUGCAAUUACCCAUGACAUUUCUUUCUAAACAUAUUUUUUGCAACAACCAUUCAUCCCUGUUAUAUUUAGAAUGAUACAGUGUUUAAUGUCAGUGCAUAAAUGGUUAAUAAUGGCCUCAGGUAGCAUUGUAUUUCACCACAUUAAUCACACUAAAUAUGUGUACUUUGUGCCUUGAAGUUAUUCUGUACAAAAUGAUUACUGUUUUUUUUCCUGUAAAUGGAGUUGAGCUUGACAAUGUCAAUACCUUUGUUUGAAUGAUGAGGGCAAAAAGACAUUGCUGAUGCAUUUAAAGACAAAUUCUGUGUUUAAUACAAGUAAAGCUAAACUGGCAGCAUUUGUGGCUGUUGAUAAACAUAAAAAGAUAUUUAAGACCUAAAAAUCA